GAUCGGAACAAAACAACGACGCAGUUCCGGUUUCUACACGUUGCUUCUUCAGCUCAGCACCAACACAACUCUGCUCUUCUGUAAAUCAGAGAAAAAACUGCAAACAUGCCGAAAGCCAAGAAGUCGGGGAAAAGAAAGAAGUUCAAUUACAACCUAGACCGGAAGAAAAUGAAGAAACAACAUAUGAAGAAAUGCAAACCGAGGAUAGAAAAUUCACAGAUUCGAAAUGCAUGGGACGACCAUAAGUCAACGUCCAGGAACUUGCAGGACAUGGGUCUGGCUUUUGAUCCAAACCGCUCGCUACCAAUACAGAAGAAGAGUCUCAUCCGUGAAAACAGAGAAAAAAAUGCUCCUGGCGAAAUCGUGACCAAGCCCUACGUUGUCGACCAGCUGGAGGAAGAAGCCAGCCGUCUACAGAAAGACUCCAAGACGUUAUCCUCCGACCUGAUCGAGUACGUUCAGUACAUGAUCCGAGAACACAAGGACAACUUCAAGGAGAUGGCCAAGGACGAGAAGAACUACUACCAGGACACACCCAAACAGAUCAAGAGGAAACUAAACGAGUACCAGCGCUGCCACUCCGAGCAUUACAAAGCCUUCAUGAGCUCACUCGCUCCACAGCCCAUGGACCAGUAGAGGAAAUAAAACCCUUUCUCUGGACUUUAAAUCAUUCUCCUUUUUAUAGGAUCUCAUUCUGGAGAGACUGUCGAGUGCAAACAGGAAAGAAGCAGACCAGAAGAUUAAUUCAUAACACCACCAAUAAUCAGAAAAACAUCAGUGACAGGAAGUGGAGACAAGUAUUACUUCUAUGUCUUGUUAAGAAUCUCUCUGUUACUUUCCUCCUUGUUCAAAAUUUCCAUUCUGUUUCCAUGGAUAUAGUCCUGAUCUCACCUCUGUGUUUUAACUGUAUAAAGUGAUUGACUGAGAUGUAUUUUUAUUGUCAUUUAAAACCCCUAAAUCUCA